AUGGCAGAGGGAGAUGUGGGCACCUGCCCCCAUGUGUUUAUGGUGGACGCUCACUCAAACUGUGUCUCGGUGCCCGGGAAGAAGAAACCGAUGUGGGCAAUGGCAGGCCAAAAGCUUCUCCUCCUGCUGGUGGGACUGACCAUGUUGGGACUUGUCGUGCAGGGUUUUUUCCUCUACACGCUGUACAAAAAAACGGAGGUCCUAUCCCAGGACAGGUCUCGCCCUUACUACCUGAAUCAGUCCAACGCUCAAACAUCUGGCCAGCAGGGUGGCCCCAUGAUUGGUCAAAUGGGAUCUAAAGAGCUCAAUGAGCUUCACAUACAGCGACCUCACCCGGAGCAGGUUCAACAGAGGCCCUUUGCUCACCUGAUGGGCUCCAACACUCCUGCAAAGGAUGACAAUGUGGUGCAGUGGAUACAUGAAGGUGGCGACGCCCUCACCCACCAAAUGGGCUACGACAAAGGUCGACUGUUGGUGGAAAGGGAAGGUUACUACUACCUGUACUCCAAAGUGCAAUUGAAUGCUGUGUCGGAGUGUUCACUUAUCCAGCACAAGGUCAUGAGAGACGUCAGUUUCUACAGCCGACCAAUAGCACUCAUGAGAUCAAAGAGCUCACGCUGCAGGACAUCAAAACUUGUGAGUGAGAAGGCUUUGGAAGGGGAAGAUCUGUGGAACAGCUUCCUGGCUGGGAUUUUCCAUCUGGAGAGAGGAGAUAAAGUUUUUGUCACGUUGGAAAGUAUACAGAAGUAUCGUCCGGGACCUGCAGACAACUUCAUGGGGGCCUUCAUGAUCCUUCCAUCCAACCAUUAA